CAGGGAGUUGCCUUCAGGUACAACACACCUGCAGGUAUAAGACCACAGGCUGUUCCUGAAAAACACUUUGAACAUCCUCAGCACACUUCCUCCUGUCUGAGCACACUACAUCUGAGACAUGUCCAAUUUCCUGAAAGGAUUCGGGGGCGAUGGCAAGCUCGCUAAAACUAUUGGAAAUAAAGCAGGUGUGGUGGUGGAGGACACCGUGAAUAAGGUCAUAGGUGGAAUAGGAGGACAAAACAAGACGCAGCAGGGGAAGAAGAAGGAGCAGGCAGGGGGAGGAGAAGGAGGAGGCAACAGGGCUGUGGGACAGGGAGGAUCUGAGGGAAUAGGAGGAGGACCAAACAAGGAGCAGGCAGCAGCAGGAGGAACAGGAGGAGGAAACCAAGCUGCAGCACAGGGAUCAUCGGAGGGAAACAGACAAGAUCUGUUUGACGACUUGCUGGAUUUGGCUAACGAAACAUCUAGUGGGAAAUAAGACCAUACCAACUGGUUCUGGCCUCUACUGACGAUUUCCAAACAGAAGGAUCUAUGUGUGUCUCUAUUUACUGUUUCAAUAAAACUAAACUAGAAUUAACUUUCUCUAUUUUACUUGCUGAAAUAAAAAUAGAAAUAGAAAUGAAAUCCUUGAUGUGAAACAUUUAUUCAUUAUUAAUGCAUGUACUAUGAUUAAGAAUUAGAAGUUGAUCUAUUUUUCUCUUGGUUGCCCUGUUUGUUACAGUGUAGGCUUCAUAUUGUCCAAGUCUUUAGAGAGGUAAAUACAGAGGCCCCCCCCCUCCAGUCCCUGUUUUAUGCCUCUAUGACAUCUUUGUACUAAAAAACUGGUUUUGUGGCGGUUAAUUGUAGGGGUGGAUUUGCUGGAGUUCUACAGGAAUAGAUGUUUAUGGUGUGUUAUAGUGCCGUGUCAUUUAGAACGUUCACACAUUUGGAUUCCUCGCAACCGAUCUUAAAUGUGUUUUAUUACUGAAUUUUUAGACAAAGUGGCACAUAAUUGUAGAAUGAAACUGACAUGGAUUUUAAAUUUUUAAGAAAAUAAAAAUCUGAAAAGUG